UCUCCGGUUUUUGCUUGUUCCUUUUUCGUUUAAAUUUUCUGUAUCGUCUCUCAAACUAACUUCCUUUUUUUUUUUUAAUACUCUCUCAAGUUAACUUCAAUGUUUCGUUUAUUCACUGAUUCACAGGACUACGGUUGAAUUUCUGAUUUUUGUUUUCCCCCCUUUUCAAUGAUCCUGCAUCGUUGUACAAACGGCUGAAAAUGGAUAGGGAGAAGAAAGAUGAUGGGGGGAAGGAUUGCGGUGGUGGCAGCAGCAGUUGCUCAGAAUCUCAGAGCAAGAUCCAAAACAAUAAAUCUUCAGGGUCUCUCCCUGAAGAUGUCAUGUUUAAUAUCCUGACUAGGCUUCCAGCUGAUUGGCUCCAUAACAGUGCAAGAUUUACUUGCAAAUCUUGGGCUGCUAUGAUCCAUAGGUCUGAUUUUAUUCAGACACACCUCCUUCGUGCAAAACCUGGAAUUUUCCUGCAAAGCACAAGGCAUCCAUAUGGUGCCCAUUUCUUGGAGGUCAAGGACAAUGGAGAGUAUGGCGUCACAGCUUUAAGACUUCGAUUCCCUGGGCGAUAUUUGAAUAGUUGUGAUGGAUUGAUACUGUUUUCCCAGAAAGACACAGUAGAGCUUCAUAUUGUAAACCCUGUUACCAUGCAGACUCUAAAUGUCCCUAAAGUACUAAGUUCUAAUCUGGAUUGCCCUCCAGUCGCCAUUGUACGUGUUCCUCACACUGGCAAAUUCAAAUUGUUUGCUUCUCUUGUCCAAACUCAGUCUGAAGUUUGUUAUAGCCAUUGGCAUGUUCUAAGACUUGGGAAAGAUACUUCUUGGACUAGAUUUGCUUCGGAACCCGGUGAUUUUGAGUUUAGAUGCACCCCUAUUUACUGUGGAGGCAAUGAUCUGUACUGGAUCACACAGGACCAUGUAAUUGUGAUGGAUGUUGACAAGGAAACAUUUAGAAAGUAUUUGCUUCCACGAAAACAUCACGAAUGGUGUACACAGUUCUUCAAGAUUGAGAAUCGUCUGGCUUCCAUUGUCUUUCUGGGUGCAAAAGGAUAUAAAAUACACAUAUUUGAUGCUGAUUCUGGAAAAUGGAGACUGUAUCAUCAGAUGGGAAUCUUGGAUGAUUAUUAUAAUUAUCCAAGGGAUGAUGACGCUGAAGAAGCUACCAAUUUUUCCGAGUCUUUUGGUGUGUGGAUAAACCAAGAACUGAUUUUCAAAUUAAUAAUUGAUCCCCCGUUGAAGGCAUCUCUUUACAGUUAUAAUGUCGAGACAUGUGAAGCCAGAGAGAUUGAUGUGAUCCCGGAAGGUUUAUUUAACGGUGCCUUUGAAGAAGGUUCAUUUGAUUUUGGUCUUCAUACCAUUAGUCUAAUGUCUUGGUAAUUUGGAUUUUCAUUUGAUCUUUAGGAUAGACAGAAGAUGCUUACCGUUGGCCAGGUCAGAUUGGACUAGCAGUGGAGGGAACUUCGCAAAUCUGAACCGUUAGAUGGAAUUUGAUAUUUUAGAUAUGAUAAUUAAAAGUACCAAUUAAUCUGUAUCAUUAAAAUUUAAUCUGAACAAUUUGAAUUUGCAAUGGACGAAAAAUGUAAUGGAGACAUUUCGUGUAAUGUAAGAGUGUUCUGUCAGUAAUCCAAUGUACCUUCUACAUUGUUGCUUCUUAUAAAUAUACAGUUUGUAUUUUCCCCAGCAUGUAA